GCUCUGCUUUCAGGAAGUGUCCUCACGUCAGCUGAGUGGAGCCGUGGCAGGUCUGCUGGCUGCAGGAAGAGUGGCGAGACGCUGACCGCUGACUUUCUUCCAGAAAAGUGGACAAAAACGGCGGUUUAGAGUGGAUUUAUAGGCGGUAGCACUGGCCUGUCACUCCGACUCUCCUUUGUUGUAGAGGAUCGCCAGUGAAGAUGCCUCUGAUACAGGUUGUGCCAGAGAACUACAGUCAUGUACUGGCAGAGUUUGACUGCCUCGAUCCACUUCUGUCUGCUCUCCGAUUAGACUCCAGCAGACUUAAGUGCACCUGUUUGGCUGUGUCAAGGAAGUGGCUCGCAUUAGGAACAUCAGCAGGAGGAUUGCACCUGAUUCAGAGGGAGGGCUGGAAACAAAAGCUCAUCCUCACUCACAAGGAGGGAUCUAUCACUCAGGUGGUGUGUUGCCCUCAUGAUGAAGACUUCAUUGCUGUUGCUACAAGUCAGGGUCUGGUGGCGGUGUGGGAGCUGCAGCUGGAGCGGCGGGGACGUCCAGAGAGAGUCGGUGUGUCCUGGGAGCACCGAGGUCGGAUCAUCACUGCGCUCUGCUGGGACACCAGCACGCUCAGAGUUUUUGUCGGGGACUCAGGAGGCAAGGUGUCUCUUCUCCGUGCAGGAUCCUCCAAACUUGGCAAGGGGUCAGCAUGUAUCUUCCCUGUUCAGACCGUCACCACUGUGGACUCCAAAGUGGUUCAGCUCGGGUACCAAGAUGGUCGCCUGAUGGUGUCUUCCUUGAGCCGCUGCUACCUCUGUGACACAGAGAGAGAGAAGUUCUGGCGUGUUGGAAAUAAGGAGCGCGAUGGGGAGUAUGGAGCUUGUUUUUUCCCUCAGAACAGGGGAUUAUUAGUUGGUCAACCCCCCCUGCUGUACUGUGCCCGACCGGGGUCUCGAAUAUGGGAGGCCAGCUUUAAUGGCGAGGUUCUCAGCACCCAUCAGUUCAAACCCAUGGCCUGUCCUCCUCUACCUCUCAUCACCAUCAGAAAUGAGCCACACUACAACCCAGCGCAGAAGAGCCCCCAGUCGAUCGCCUUCCCUAAACUUCUUUAUUUGGGAGACCAAAACUUGGUGACCUGGACUGAUUCAGCUAUUUAUAUCUUCACACCUCUGAAUGGACAAGUGCUGCUGUGGACUGAAGUGAAAGAUUUGGUUGAUAUUGCUGUCUACCGCAACGAGCUCUUCUGUCUCCAUGGCAGCGGUCGUUUGUCCCACCUCUCCCUGUUAUCUGCUGAGCGCUGUGUUGAGCGUCUGCUGCGGAGGGAGUCCUGGCCUCUAGCUGCUAUAGUCUGCUGCAUGUUCCAGCACACAAUCACCACCAGCAGGGCCAGGAAAUCAAUUCCCAUCGACCGCCUUGAGCAUCUCAGGUCCCAGCUCAGUCCCAGCACACACCUUGAGCUGUCUGGCCAGCUGGAGGAAGUCAUCACUAAACUGGAGCCUCUCGGCUCCGCCUCCAGCAGCCGCAGAAGUAGCAUCUCCUCACAUGAGAGCUUCAAUGUCCUGGACUGUGGAAUCUAUCGUGUGAUCAGCCGCAGAGGAAGUCAGUCAGAUGAGGAGACGAACUCCCUCAUCAACCACUCUGUGUCAGAGGAGGAGCGGCUCAAAGAGUUCAGCUUUGUGCAGGAGGAGGAUCAGGUGGAUCAUGAUCCACAGAACAGCGAGCGCAUGGAGCCUGAGCGGUCUGAGCAAGGCCUGCAGUUCCACCUCCCCCUCUCAUUCCGCCCCAAACCCCCUCGCAUCGCACUGCAGGCCGUCAAAGACAGUGUUUCUAGUUUUGUUAAGAAGACAACCGAGAAGAUCAACACCCUCCAGAUGAACUCUGAGCUCUGGCAACGGCCUGAAUUCAGAGAGGGCGGACAGACUGAGACAGCUCCAUACUCAGAGGAGAUGGACAAUGGAGUUUAUGACGAAAUGCCUAACACAGAGGCCGACGUGCAAGAACUUCGAUCAGCAACAGAGCGUGCUAUCACCCACAUCCAAGAUCCUUUGGUGCUACUGGAUCCAGUCUACCUGGGAGACACUCUGCUUGAGUGGUUGCUGGUGCUGGAGCGAAUACUCGGACCUGUAGCGCAGGGGUCCACUGCUGGGGAUGAUUCAACCAUGGAUGGACAAGGAGAGGAGAGGUGGGAGCGGGAUUAUCUAAACUCCUACUUAGAGAAACAAAAGGAAGCUACCUGCUUACCAGGAGAAUUAACAGAGACCACUUCAGAGGAGAAGAAAGAAGAGUCUCCUGAGCUCGGAGACAAAGAUGACUGUUGUGACUCCACUGAGAAGGAGCCUCCUGAGCCUGUUAGAGUGGCGUCGCCCAGACCUGUACCAUUGGACCUCCUGGCUGAUCUCACCCAGCUGGCGACGCUGUACUCUGAGCUGAGCUGCUUUAGAAACCAGGAGAAUGAACAAGCAUUGGGGUGCACAACUUUCCUGCGCCGCUACUUCUUUCUGCUGGACCAAGAGCGUGUGAGAAGAAUGUGUCUGCUGCGUUAUCAGGAGCAGCCGGAGCUGCAGAGUUCCUUCACUGAGGCCAUGCAAGAUCUCACUCAGUCCAGUAAGGUGGUGGAGGUUAUUCAGAGAGGAGAUUUGCUGAGAUCACUGCGCAGUCUGAGAGAGCUGCAGCCCUGGAGUGCUCCUCCUCUCCUCGCUCACUUACACAGGCUGUAUGAAAAGCAUGGGGAGGCGGCUGUACGCUCGUUUACCCAGUUCUAUCCUACUAUAACUCCUGCUGACGUAAUGAUCAUGGCUCAGCAAAGCCACUUCCUGGCAUACCUGGAUAAUCUGGUCCAAUCACAAACUGAGGAGCACAGGUCGUCCUUUUUGCAGUCUCUGCUUGAACCAGAAUCCCUGAGACAGGAUUGGCUGGAGCUGGCACUUACCCAUGAUGCCCCUCAACACUGUGAUACUCUGACCCCUGAUGGACAGCCCAGGUGGCAUUCUCAUUGUUUCAGUUGGGGUUACGGACGCUUCCUGUCUCUCCUGAUUGGCCUUCCUGCAGACCUGUCUUCCAAGCAGAAGAUGACAGAGACUUGCCGCAGACAUGGAUACUGGACGGGCUACCUGUACCUCUGCCGUGAGCUGCAGCGUCGCACAGAAGCGUUCUCCACCAUCUGUCAGCUGGAUGACAUCAGUCUACUGGAGGAACCUGAGGGUGUUGAGCCCCAAAACUUGGAAGAGUGGAAGCUCUUGAUCCAGAUAUCUCAGCAGUGCAGCAGCGUGGUAAACUCAGAGCAGGUCACAGGUGUGAACGGAAGCAGCUGGUCCAACGGGUCAGCAGACUACGGUGGAAAGAUCAGCCCGGAGAACUUGACCCUGAUGCUGGCUCGCACAGCCGGGCCCGACCGCGCCUUGGCCGUUCUGGAGGAGUGCGGGGUGCAGCUGGUUCUUUCGCCGCACUCCAAACUGGUCUGUGAGCUGCUGAGGGUCGCUGAGAAGAGGCAGAGAGCGAUGAUCCAGACGAUGCUAGAGCGCUGCGAUCGCUUCCUGUGGUCCCAGCAUGCCUAACUUCAGACGGUCAGGAGCCUCUUCACGCCAAACAAGAUAACUAACACUGUAUGUAAGUCUCCCAAUAACUGCUGUUGGAGAAGCGACUUAAUUUAUGCACUUUGUCAAAGCUUUCCUGUUUAAAUGAAGGUACUUAUCCUCUUAGUGAAAACAGUACUAUCUUGUUAACAUGUACACAGAUCUUUCCAGUAUUAUCCUCUUCUAUCCAUUUACUUGUCAAUUUGAGCAAUAUCCAGACGUACAGGGUAUCAUCACAUUACUGUUUAUGUUAAUGAAUAAGGUUGAAUGCAUGUACAGGUAAUCAUCAUGUAUGACAAAAAAUUUUCUGUCAGUAAUUACUGUGAAAUGUUCUAACCAGGUAAUAAUAUGUAAAUAAAGGUCGUCUGUAUUGUUA